CCGACGCCGAGAACGAACAAGGUCUCUCUAUAAAUGCGUGGCGUUCGUAUUGAUAGCUUUUAGUUGGUGGGAGGUCGGCGAAAACGAUACGACGCAACACGGAAUAUACGCUCGUGCAUUGAAUGUACACAUAACAUUGUUUAUUUUCUUUUUCUUCUUUUCUCUCGGCUGUUCCUCCCACCAAAUCCACUUCUACUUGCUUCGAUCACACAAUCGCGCAUUCACCAUUGGAAAAUCGCGAACGCAAUAAUGCAAAAUCAAACUGCGAAAUGUUUCCUCGUGCAACGACAUUCCUGUGUCCUUUUAUGUCAAAUCGAAUGAGUCGGAGCGACUUGCUGUCGAACUGUCAAGUUCGCGGUUUCGAAACGUAGUCGACCGUCGACCGAGGAUGAAUGUGCAGUUCUUCAGUGAAAAAAAAAACUGAGUGCAUCGAUCAAUGAUUUAUAGUUUUAUAGCGUGCAGAUCGCGUGACAGCGUAAACAAAGUGAAAGUGUUUUUUGAGACUUCUUGCAUCAUAAAGAAGAAAAUGCUUGGUAUUGUGACAGUGUUACUAGAUCCCUUCUUGCUUAUCGGACUUCUUCUCGGUAGCCUGUACUUUUAUCUUAGGGCAACAUUUGAUUUUUGGCAAUGUCGCGGUGUACCAUUCAAAGAGCCGACCGUGCUCGUCGGAAACUUCGGUCCUCUGCUCCUAUUCCGAAAGUCACAACCGGAAAGUAUCAAAGAGAUGUAUGAAUGGUUUAAGGAUGAAAGAUUCUUCGGCGCGUUCCGCGUAAGAUCGCCCCUAUUGAUCUUACGCGAUCCAGAUCUGGUGAAGAGUGUAUUCGUCAAGGAUUUUGCCUGCUUCACAAAUCGCGGAAUUCCAAUCAAUAACGCUCAGGAUCCGCUCUCCGGCCACCUGUUCAACCUCGAAGGGCGCAAGUGGAAGGGCCUCAGGUCGAGAUUGACGCCCACGUUCUCGUCGGGCAAGCUGAAGCGGAUGUUCUAUCUAUUGGUGGAAUGCUGCGAGGAGCUGCAGAGGCUCAUCGAUGCGAGUUGCAACGCGGAUCGUAAUACGAUCGAGGUGCGGGAGUUCGCUGCGAAAUUCAUCAUUGACGUCAUUGGCAGCUGCGCUUUCGGCAUACAGAUAAACGCCCUCACUGACGAGCAGUCCGAAUUUCAUCGGAUGGCGAAGAGGCUUUCGAAGCCGAGUUACAAGGCGACUCUCUGGAGGAUGCUGCGAACUGCCAUGCCGAGGUUGUACAGGCUGCUAGGCGUGCAGGUCAUCGAUCCGAGCGUCACCAAAUUCUUCAAAAAUGUCGUGUCGCAGAUGAUUGAACAGAGAGAGAAAAUUGGCGCGCAAAGAUAUGAUUUCAUGGACCUGUUGAUCGAGCUGAAGAACAAGGGCGUUUUGGAGAACGAAACCGGCGCGCAAAUCUGCAACAACGAAGACGUCCAAGGGGUGGAGGAAAUCGAAUUAGACGACAAUGCUAUUGCGGCGCAAGCGUUCGGCUUCUUCGCCGCCGGCUACGAAACCUCCUCGAACACGAUCGCGUUCUGUCUUCACGAAUUAGCUUUGAAUCAGGAAAUUCAAGAAAGAAUCAGACGAGAGAUACACGAUGCCAUAGAAGCGCGAGAUAAUAAAUUAACUUAUGACGCUGUACAGGAGAUGAAGUAUCUCGAUAUGGUAAUAUUAGAGACUCUCCGAAAAUAUCCGCCAGCCCCACUGAUAUCUCGGAAGUGCGAGUAUAAUUAUCAAAUACCGAAUAGCAAAGUGGAAUUGCCAGCUGGUAUGCGGGUGAUUAUACCGAUAUAUGGCUUUCAUCACGAUCCAAAUUAUUAUCCUGAUCCGACAAAAUUCAAUCCUGAGAGAUUUACAGAAGAGAAUAAACGCGCGAGACAUCCUUACACAUAUCUUCCAUUUGGAGAAGGGCCACGAAAUUGCAUAGGAAUGCGAUUCGCGCUGCUGCAAAUCAAGAUGGGGAUAAUAUCGUUUCUCAAGAAUCACCGAGUCGAAAUAUGCGAAAGAUCAAUUGUGCCGAUAAAGUUUAGCAGACGGAGUCUCGUGACUACGAGCGAGAGUGGAUUUUGGCUUGCCAUCACUCCAUCCUCCUAGAUCUGUAGAGAUUUCUAAUUUAAAAAGGUUUUUAGACGAAUAUGUAAUUAAACAUUAAAUAUGCACGUGUAUAAAAUCACAAAUAUAUUAUAUAUUUAAUAAUAUAUACGUACUUAAUUGGCGGCAAAGGUAGAACGUCCGUUAUAUAUUGUUUCUUUGUCUGUGUAUAUAAGUUGCUUAAUUAAAACUACACCGCAAAAUUAGAGAGAUCUUAAAAAAAAAAUUCAUUAAAUUAAACUUAUAUUUUUAUGUUGUAGUUUGUUCACAUUGGAAUCUGUUAUAUCAAUUUAGUUAUAUAUGUAUAUAACUUUAAUAAUCGCUUUUAGGGAUUUAUACACGCUCAUAAAUAAUAAUUUAAUGAGAUGUAUGUAUAAAAAUUAUUGUAAUAGAAAGAAUAAUAAAUAUGUGU